AUGUCUGGUUCUGCAAGACAGGUUAUCGUCGAUGACAACGACAGCACCAUUGUUUACUCUCCCAAUUGGAGUUCGCAGUUUGCGGCAGAUAAAGACAAUCAAGGAAACUUUGGAAAAACCUUGAGGUCUACCCUUCAUGGCACGAAUAGCAAUGGGACCUUUCAGUUUCAGUUCUCCGGAACGCAGAUAGAAGUGUUUGGUUCUCUGAAUAUGAAAAACACCUCAGGAAUACUGGAUCCAACAUGGGAUUGUCAGAUUAAUACAACAAGUAUUGGUGCUACUGCACCAUUUCUCUUCCCAGAAAACAACUGGAGCCUGUGUUCUGCGGAUAACCUACCCACUGGUACCCAUACCCUAACUUUAACUACGCAAAGUCACCGCCGGACGUUCUUGUUUGACUACAUCCAAUACACACCUUCCAAUCCUAAUGACUUGAAUGACGCGUUGGUUAAGGUUCCUCCUACAGACCCUGAAAUUGUAUACGAUAGCAGCUGGUCCAAUUUGGCAAAUAUUGCAAACAUAACGAGAACGAAAGGGUCCACAAUGACAUUCAACUUUACAGGGAUCAGCGCUACUUGGUACGGGAUUGUGCCUUCGGAACUCCCCCCUACUUCGUCCCAAGGAACCUACGCGAUUGACGGUAACCCCGCCAUGCCAUUUGUGCUUGCUGGACUGUCUCCAAAUUCCGUAACGGAAUACAAUCAGAUAUUUAUUCAGACGCCGCAGCUCAGUCCUGGACCUCAUACGAUGACCGUGACUUACGAAGGGGACACAGAAUCCACCCCGCUGACUUUGCAAUAUAUCCUCGUUCAAAACGUGACUGAGGGAUCAAAAUCGAUCACAUCAUCAGCCUCCGCAUCCUCGGAGACGUCCUCUAACGUUUCCCUAUCUGCCAUGAACGACAAAAAACAGAAUGUCGCCGGCAUAGUCUCUGGCGUUUUGGCUGUCGUUAUCGUUAUAUGCCUCUCCGCGUUCAUUUAUCUCAAAUACAUCCGUGACAGAAGAAAAGGAGCGGGCACUCCACGCUGGGAAAAUAUUGUCAAACCGUUUAGCAUAUCCCGAGCGCCACGCCGUGUAGUCGAGUCAGCAAGCAUGUCGACGAUAGGGUUGUUUGGCCCAUCUGAUGAUACUACCCGGCCUAAUCACCCGCGACCUACCUCAGGCUUUACCAUCCCGACCAGAACACGACCACGGAGUUUCCUUAGAGAGCCUACAGUUCCACCCCCGCUGCCCGAUCUGCCUCAGGUGCAGUCUACACCACAGCCCAAGCCAAAGUUAAAACCCAUUCAGACGACCUUCAACAACCCAGAACAGCCUCAGGCAAGUGGUUCACGGCCGCCUAGGAGACCCAAAAAGAAGAAAGAGCCACCCAAAGUUGCGGUUAACGAUCUGGAUGAAAAUACGUCGUAUUACGGAGGGUAUCAGACGUGGGGUCAGACGAAAGCGCUGGAGGCCGCGUCGGGUGCGAGAGCACGAGAUUCCUAUAUUUAA